AUGGAGACACUGCAAAACAGCAUCUGCAUAUGCCCAGGACCAAUGACUACCUGCCCUCCGACAGUCAAAUACAAUUGUACUUCAUUUCACUAUGUCGGCCUUGAUUAUUUCGCCCAUGGAUAUGACAUAGUCCACAUCCCCUUGAGUCUAGUUAUUUGUGUUUGUGGAGUUUUCGCGAAUUCAGCUAACGUUGUAGUCCUUAAUCAACCACCGAUGCGGUCGUCGACAAAUCUAUUAAUGGCAGCUCUCUCGGUGGGAGAGGGCACCGUUAUGGCCAUCUACAUUUUCUAUGUCUCUAUGUUCCGCAUAGGCAAAAAAAUCGAGGUAGGGAUGACAAAGUCUUACGCAUACACCCUAUUUGGUUUAGUCUACGUACAAAACCUAUUCCAUGCAUUCUCCUCCUGGAUGAUAGUUUUUGUGGCUGCCUUUCGGCUUGUUUUCAUGAGCUCUGGGGUGACUGCCUUGCAAACUUGCAGUUAUACCAGAGCGAAAAUCAUAAUUUUAACAGACGUGUUCCUCUCUCUUAUUUUGGCAGCCCCUUUCUUAUUUGCUCACCAUGUUGUGAAAGACUGCGGGAAACCAGCCAUUGGAUACGAGGCAUUUAAACUGGACUUUGUAGCAAACCACGCACUAACCACACUGCUUCUUGUAAGCACAGGAGUUUUUAUGAAGGUUCUGCCCAUACUUCUCAGUACAAUUUUCUCCACCCUUUUGAUUCGCAAACUGCUACACUCACAGAAGAGACGAGAUCGUCUUCAAAGUGAAAUGAGUGAAACGGAACAGCGAUUUUUAUCUAGCCAACAGGAGCAGUCUCUGAGCAUUUCGCCUGCAAGACAUCAUGACCACGAUUCAAACAGCCGAAACAUUCACCAGACAACCAACAUUUUGUUUGGACUCUCGGUGCUUUAUAUUAUAACAUAUUUACCGCAGGACAAACAAGUUCAGAAGAUGUCCACAAACUGGGCCUGUGGCAUGUCAUCUGGAAGCCACGUUCCUCAUAUACCUUCUCAACCAAAAGCGCUUGUGUCAUCAUUCCUGCUUUAUUUUUUUCUAUUUAAACAGGCUGUGAUGCUGCUUUUACUCAACAUUUACGACAGAUGCUUCGAAGUGAUGGUGUACGAGAAGCUGGGUGAUUUUAUGGAUCUACUAACACUCCUCUGCAACGGUGGCAAUUUUAUUCUUUACUACGCUAUGUCUAGCAAAUUUCGCGAAACUUUCCUCCUGUUACUACGGUCGAUGUUUUUGCCAAAAAGGAAUUGA